AGCCGCAGUGUUGCCAGAAUAAAGAAACAACGCCCACCGAGGGUACAUAAGGAUUGUAAUGGUCUCGCUCACUGCCACUCUUUAGUCAACAUUUGGCUGGUUACAAGUUGUUUACAACCGGAAAGGCUGUAUUAAUUCACAUGGCGUUCUCACAAGUGGCGUGCAUGGCGGUGGUGGUGAUGUGCUGCUGGCUGGCAGGGGUGAGUGCCGGGCAGGAGGACGAGGAUAUGCCUGCCCUCUCCCCGCAGCACUUCAGAGACUUCUCCAUUGACGAUAUGCGCCGCUUUAUUCAUGAGGCAGGACCCAAGCAUGACAUCAGUAGCUGGAUCCUUGCAGUGAAAGAGGAGGCGGCGAUGCAAGCAGAGGAAAAAGAAAAGGAGGAGAAGAAGAAGAAGGGGAAGAGCUCAGCCUUCCCGUUCCUUCUCCAGCCUAACCAAAUGACCCCCGCCCUCACGCCCCAAGAAGCCUUUGCUGAAGAAAAACACGGAGUUAUGUUUCAGGACGUGAAGGAGAAUGAGUGAGACUGAGAGAACGCGUGUGUGUGUGUGUGUGUGUGUGUGUGUGUGUGUGUGUACUUCAAGCGACUUUUAAGAGGUGCUUGCUUGAUUCCUGUUUGUGUUACUCUGCCUCAGAACGUGUUUGUUUUUGUUGACUGUGUGUGUGUGUGUGUGUGUGUGUGUGUGUGUGUGUGUGUGUGUGUGUGUGUGU